AUGAAACAGGGAAAUUUUACAGAUAGGACAUUAUCAUUCUUAUAUGAUGGAGAUCCUAUAGAGUUUUCUGCCACCUCAGAAGUCUUGAAUAAAACCUGGAAAUUAUUCAGAGUCAGAUCGAGAUCGGAAAUUGUUAAAAAGGGAAGAGACUUUGUCAAGUACCUCAAAGAGUUUGGAAUUGAUUUGAACAGUUUGACAGAUGAGCAGUUGUACCAAGGUCAACCUGUAGAUUUGGGAGAUUAUACGUGCUUCGCGUUUACCUUUAAAUUUAAACUUAGAGCAUUGACGGAAACAAUGCCAUACCGUCGUGUGAAAUAUUACAAGAACACCUAUCUUAGAGAAAUUGGAUUUAUGGCAAAAGCCAAAAGACCCAUCACAUUAAAAGGAAAAUGGAAUGGAACAAUUCAAAAAGAUGAAGGCCUUUAUCUAAUCAAUUACUUCAUACCUAACAGUGAAUGUGGCUUCGUGGAAGAGCCGGAUAUCAUAGAAGGACGAGCAUUGUGGCCAUAUUACGCUGGGAAUGGGUUUUCCCACUUUGGAAUGGAAGUAUUUUCCAACAAAUAUGGGCGUGGGACACUGAUGGGUGUAGAUACACACGCGUCAUCAUUCACUUCAACAGUAACAAUAUUGUUUACUGGUUAGAUACAAUAUACAGAUUUACGUGGUGAAAAAAUAACUAGAUAGCGAAAGCAUAAUCAUUUUAAAAUGUAAUUUGAAAGAUAUGAAUACAUAUAUUAACUCUCUGUCCGAAUCCCGGGUCAGAAUAAGUCUAAAAAUAUCUAGUUGUCAUGAGUUAAUGC